GGUUUCCCAAGCUCGACCGCACGAUUGUCCCUGCCCAUUCCCGAGGUUAUUUACCCUAAUCCUGUGUUUCUCCACGAGAUUCAUUCGCAUUCGAGUAUUUCUAUCCGUGCUUUAGUUAAUGGACCCUUUGUUUCUUGCCGCCAGUGUCGCCGGUCUCGCCAGCCUUGCGCUUCAGAUUGGCCCCUCACUGCACGAGUAUUUCUCCGAUGCUAGAGACGCGCCAAAAGAUGUCACUCAAUACUGUAACGAGAUAUACGGAUUGUUCGAGGUGUGUGAGAAAUUGCAAGACUUUUUGAAAAUAGACGCUGCGAAUGCUUUCGAGAUCACCGAGUCUGUUCUUUCGCGGACAGUCGCUUCGUGCGAGGACUGUCUGCGCAUACUGGCAAAGAUGCUAGAUAUCCCCCCCAAAAGAGAGGCACAGGGCUUCUCACUGGAUCAAGAGAAUAAAGUGGCCUAUAUACAAGAAGCAAGUAGAGGGCAUCAUUGAGCGGUUGGUGUGAUAUACGCAGCUUUUCCAGUUUGCAUUGACCGUGGAAGGAUGAGCUGCACGAAAUGCUGGCUAAUUGAAC